AUGAAAAAGAGAAAAGUGUUUAUAGAUAAUAUUUAUGUAAAUCUAUACAACAUAAAGCAAUGUACUAAUUUUUCCACUUCUACCAUUUUUAAUUUAAAAAAAAAUAAGCCACUGAACAUUGACCAUGCAAAUAGAAUUGGCCAAGGAAAGGGGGGAAAAGCAGUGAAAGCAGUGAAAGCGGCAACAGGAGCAGAAGAGGCAGCAGAGGCAUCGACAGGGGGGGGAAGAUGCAGACGGAAUGAACUACGCCAAAAGUACGGUAAGUUCGAGGAGAAUAAGAGAGUAACAAAACUAUGCCAAGAAUUAGAUCAGAAUAUUAAAAAAAUGGAAUACAAUCAUUACGAAAGGAAUUUAACCUAUGGUUUGUCGAUAGCAGAAAAUUCUAUUGAGUUAUCUCAGUUAAUAAAUAGAAUUAGUAAAAAUAUAUUAUUUGUAAAUAGUAAUCAUGUAAGAUCAAUAUAUGUAAAACUCAUUGACAAAAUUUUAAAAAUAUAUGACAACAUUCCAAUUAGAAGUGUAAGUUUAAUUUUAAAUAGUAUGCUUAAGCUAAAUUAUUAUCAUCGUGAAUUUAUCUUUUUGUUUUUUAAAAAUAUAAAACGAGUAAUUAAUCGGAGUAAUUACAUCGAUCUGUGUAUCUUAUACCAUUUUUAUGUAAACUCGUUUGAUAAAAUACAUCCCUUUAAUAUUCCAAAUGAUCAAGUGUUAAAUUCCUUUUUAACAAAAAUAUCGCAUACCACUUCGUCUUUACAAAUUCAUGGCAUAUCCUGUAUACUAAGAUGUAACAAGAAGAUAGUGAAGAGGAUGUUAAGUUCUUUUACAAAAAACAACAGGGAAUCGCGGGAUUAUUUGAUGAAGGACUUAGAAGAUAACACAGUGGAUGUGAGUAGCGUCUACUUGUGGGUAAAGAAAUCAGGGAGGGAACCAGAUGAGGGAAAAGAGGAAGAUGAAAAGGAAUUGGACGAAGCGGAGGACGAUGAUAACGAUGCAUCAAAUUAUACCCAUAACGAUGAAGUCAGAGGGGGGAAAGGGGGAAACAACUGGAAACAUAAAAAAAUUUCUGCGUUAAAUUUACGGCUUAUCGAAAGAAUAAAUGUUUCUUUAAGAGAUAAUUUUUAUUUAAAAUUAUCAUAUGCGAACAUUCAACAGCUUUGUAAUAUGCUAGAAGACUUUGAAUUUUUUAACUUAGUUGACAACAAUUGCUAUUAUGAUGUUUUGAAUAUAUUGAAGAGGGUUCAAAACUUAGAUAAAUUUAAAAAUUUAGAUUAUAUAAACAUAUUGAAUAUUAUAAAAAGUCGAAAUAUAAAAUAUAAUGAUGCCCUUUCAUUCUCUCAUUUUUCUUUUCUUUUUGAAGCAAUAAAAGACAAAAAUGUUGAAGAUUUUUCCUCUAACGAUUUAGCUGAACUAAUGAAGAUAUUAUAUUAUUUUAAAAAAAUGUACCAUCUCAAAUUUUGCCUGAACAAGUUAGAAUAUUCUUUGCACAAAAAGAACCUUAGUGAAGUAUCCUCCGUUUCGACUCUGAUAUAUCUCCUUUACGAAUAUUCCAUCAUAGGGAAGAGUAGCGAUGUGAUGGGUUCGCUGCAGAGGAGGUUGUUUGACACGAUAAUGAGCCGUGAAUGCAGUGGAAGUAGCAAUGGUAGUGAUAACACCGGAUGUAGCGACUUGAACGAUGGGGGAUCCACCUCCUAUAAUGAUAUUCCCAUAAACGAGCGCAUUCUUUUGGUAAAAUCAAUCGAAGGAUUAAUCGAUAAGGGCACUAUAAAUUUAGAGUACUUAAGAAAAAGGGAGUUCUAUAUAAGUAAUUGCAAUGAAAACCCUUUCAAAGAGUCAAAUGUUGAGAGAUACAUCCAUUACAUAUUAUACAAAAUUUUAGUUUUAGGAAGGGUAAAAUAUAACGACUUUUCCAUUUUUUUGUAUUUGUUAAAAUAUGCGCUCUUGUUUUCCCUUCAUUUUACCAUUAAAGAUGUUGUACUACUUUUGAAGGGUCUACACCUUUGUUCUUACUUCAUUACUAAGGAUAAUUAUUUCAUUUUUGAAAAAGCGUUAAAUUAUUUUAGCAUUUUUUUAAUGCCGCAAUACCAUUCACAUUACAAGAGAAACAAGUCUAACGCUGUGAAGAAUGACUUAAUGAAAUAUGCUAUAAAUGAAUGUAAAGAUAAUUUUUUUAAAUAUGAACCUCCAAGAAAUGUGCAUUGUUUGAAUCAUAUUAGUAGUGUGUACAGACAAAUGGAGGAUAUAAUUCAGGUGUAUUGCGCAUAUUUACAUAAUGAGGAAGAUGGUAGGUAUCAGGAAAAAGAAGUUGAUUUGAUAGAUGAGGUGAGUGAUAAUAAUAUUUUAAAGAAGAACAGUACAUAUUAUAACGAUCAAGAUAAAUAUAACAGUAUUAUGAAUUAUAGUUUCAUCAAAAUUUGUAUUGUUGACUGCUGUAAUAUAUUAUAUUAUUUUCGAAAAUUGAAUUAUGUAAACCAUGAUGUAAUUAAUGUUAUCUUAAAAAAUGUGUAUGGAAAUAUAAAUUUUUUAAAAAAUAAACAUAUCCUUAAAAUGAUAAGUGGAUUUAGCAUAAUAAAAAAUAUUGAUGAGUAUUUCUCUUCUUUUAAUUCUAUUUUUAAGAAAAUAUUAUUUCAAUUUUUUUUGUCCCAUAAGGAGAGUGACGAAAAUAAUACAGUAAAAGUAGACGAGACUAUCAAGCUAUUUUACUUAGUUAGUAAAUUACGUAUAGAUAAAGAGUCAAUAAAUUACUAUAUUAGAAAGUAUAUUUUGAUUUAUUUGGAAAACUUGUUAGAAAAAAAUGAAUUAACUGUAAACAACCUUCAGCUAUUGUUUGGGGGGUUUAAGUAUAUGUAUCCUUAUCGAUAUAUAGGUUUGAUAGAGUACUCUUUGAAACGAAUUCAUCAGAUGGUGUAUGAUGAGAGGAGUGGCAGUUACAAUAGGGGUGAUGAUAAUGUUAGGGGAGACAAUUUAGAGAGUCAUAUGAAUUGUUCCAAACGUUAUAUUGUGGGGGGAAAUACCAAAAGGAGGAAGACAAAAUGUGCGUUUUCUAUUUCCUUUUUAAAAAUAUAUUUCUCAUCAUUGCCAAUUUUAGUAAACCCAUCUUUGAACAUCUACUCUAAUGUGAAUAAGUUGUACAUAAAUAUUAGCCAUAAACUGUUUGAACAGUUGUCCUAUGAACUUACAGAAGCAGAUGAAGCAUUCAAAAAAGAUAUUAUCCAUGCAGUUAUAGACUUUGUGAAUUUGUCGUUUCCAUUUAUUCCUUUUUUUGAAAAAUACACAAAUUUAAUCCUAUAUAUACUUGACGUGAAUGAAAUUUUAUCGAAGGAUCAACUUUGCAUGUUUUUGCUAAAUUUAAAAUUUUUUUCGAAAAAAUUCUUAACAAGUCAGAAUUUUACAACUUCUGAUCUGAGUAAACACAAUGAGCUAAAAAAAAAAAUAGAUGAUCUUUUAAAAACGUUUUCCAGCAAUAACGAAGAUGCUGUAUUAUGUUGGAAGAACAUGUAUCCUGAGGAAGAGAAUGUGCAGCGUAUAAUAUGUGGGAACAAUGAUAGACUAUCCUACGACUUCUCUUUCAACAAAAGGAAAAUCGUUCUUUUUGAUACGGAGAAUGACAAUGAAAAGGAAAUAAUUUCGAGGGAGUACAACUACAUUGAUUUGAACGAUUUAUAUAAAACGAAAAAGGACGACACUAAAAGGAGAAAAACUGUGUGUGAUGCGGAUAAAGAUCAAAACGAAGAUAUCAAUAUAGAUAUGAAUGAAUGUAGCGCGAAGAAGAGGCAAAAUUACAAAAGCGACAGAAAUGCAUUAAACGAGUUUGAAAUAAUUUUGAAAAAAUAUGCCUACUGCCAAAAUAAUGAAAAAGAUAAAUUAAAUAUUUCAAAAAAUUUUAAAGUAUUCUUAUUUGAUAUUAAAUAUGUUGAUUUAAAAAAAAAAAUUAUAUUUGAAUUUUUAGAUCAACAGUGUUAUUUUAAAGAACCAGAUAAUUCAUCAAUAGAACUGUUACCUUUAAUAUAUUUGCGAUUAUUAUUUUUAAAAAAAUUAAAUUUUCAUAUACUUCUUAUGCCUUUUUAUGAGUGGAAUAACUGUCAUGGAAGGCUAGAAAAAGUUAAGGCUAUUUUUCAAAAGUUAUUAAACAUAACCAACGACGCUGAUAAUUAUUUAUAUCAAACUGAUAAGGCGCACAUCUUUUCGUCUGUCGGUCGCUACGAGUAG